AUGAAAGCCUUCAGCACCCCAGGCCUCGAGAGCUUCUUACCGACUUUACUUACCCACUCGAACCAGCACCUCCGCCUGGUACUCUGGCAGGCUUUUUGUUCCCUGGUUACCCCUUGCCAGAUUCGCAACCCUCAAUCCCAUAUCCCGCUCCUUUUCGUGCACAGACUCCGGCCAUUGCAGGGCCAUCUACUCCGCUUCCUAACUUGGUAG